GCCGAUGCAGAGAUAGCACGUAAUGAUGCUGCAAAUCGAUUAUUCCUCCUAAAUCGACACCAGGGGCCGCUUACGUUGGAAAGUUUGGAAAACAAAAUUAUCGUGUAGUGAUCAAUCAAAAACGAUGGGCCAGCAAAACUGCGGGUGGGACAGCGCCAGAAUGGAGCGAGGACUACACGAUCGCGAUCGGGUAGGGUUGCAGGACCAGGUGCUACUGGAGGACUACCACAGUGAGGAUGCGUUCAUAGACAACCUGAGAAAGCGGUUUCAGGAAAAUUUGAUCUAUACGUAUAUCGGGCACGUACUGAUAUCGGUCAACCCAUACAAGGAGCUCCCGAUCUACACCGAGAAUGACGUGAAAGAGUACCGGAAGCGACACUUUUUCGAGGCCCCGCCACAUGUGUUCGCCCUGAGCGACAACGCGUAUCGUUCGCUGACCGAGGAAAACCGAGGCCAGUGUAUUUUAAUUUCGGGCGAAAGCGGCUCGGGCAAGACGGAAGCGUCGAAGAAGGUGCUACAGUUCAUUGCGGCCGCCACCGGGCAUACGCACAAUGUGGAGGGCGUCAAGGAUAAGCUGCUGCAGAGCAAUCCGGUGCUAGAGGCGUUCGGGAAUGCGAAGACGAACCGGAACGACAACUCUUCCCGCUUCGGAAAGUACAUGGACGUGCAGUUCGAUUAUGCGGGCGUCCCGGAGGGUGGCAACAUUCUGAACUAUCUGCUGGAGAAGUCGCGCGUGGUGCACCAGAGCGCCGGUGAGCGGAAUUUCCACAUCUUCUACCAGCUGCUUGCCGGCGCGGACGAUAACCUGCUGCGGGAGUUACACCUGAAGCGGAACCUGGACACGUACUACUACCUGAGCGACGGGGCUAAUGGUAACGUGCCGAAUAUCCGUGAUGCCGAUAAUUUCCGUGUCGUGCAGAAGGCGAUGGCCGUCAUUGAGAUCGCUGAUCAGGAGCAGCGUCAAAUUCUCGACAUCGUGGCCGCUGUGCUGCACAUGGGCAACGUGGGAUUCACGGAGGAAGAAGGCAAGGCGAAAAUUUUGAAACCAGAAUCCGUAACCGCGAUUGCAAAGCUUCUGGGAUGCAAUGAGGAGCAGUUGACGAAUGCGUUUACGCACCGAACAAUUGAGGCCCGGGGUGAAAUUGUAACGAGCCCACUGAAUCGGGAUCUCGCCAUCUACGCCAGAGAUGCCCUGGCAAAAGCGGUGUACGACCGACUGUUCAGCUGGCUGGUGUCGCGCAUCAACACCUCGCUCCACUCGGAGGGCAUUGAGAAGAAAAACAGCGUGAUGGGCAUCCUGGACAUCUAUGGGUUUGAGAUAUUCAAGAAGAACAGCUUCGAACAGUUCUGCAUCAACUUCUGCAACGAGAAGCUGCAGCAACUGUUCAUCGAGCUGACGCUGAAGCAGGAGCAGGAAGAGUAUCUGCGCGAGGGCAUCGAGUGGGUACCGGUGGAGUACUUCGACAACAAGGUUAUCUGCAAUCUGAUCGAGGAGAAGCACAAGGGCAUCGUGGCGCUGAUGGACGAGGAGUGCCUCCGGCCGGGCGAUCCGACCGAUCUAAGCUUCCUGGCGAAGAUGAACGAUAAUCUUGGCUCGCACCCGCAUUACAUUUGCCACAGCCGCGCGUCGACAACCGUGCAGAAGACGAUGGGCCGCGACGAGUUCCGGCUGGUGCACUACGCCGGCGACGUGACGUACAGUGUGCACGGGUUCUUGGACAAGAACAAUGAUUUGCUGUUCCGCGACCUGAAGGAGGCGAUGGCCGAGUGCAGCAACGGCAUCAUCAAGAGCUGCUUCCCGGCGGCCGACAUCAGCAACAAGCGCCGCCCGGAGACGGCCGUUACGCAGUUCAAGAACUCGCUCAACAACCUCAUGGAGAUUCUGAUGUGCAAGGAACCGUCCUACAUUCGGUGUAUCAAACCGAACGACCUGCAAACGCACAGCCAGUUCAAUGUGGAGCUGGUGCGCCAUCAGGUGAAGUACCUGGGAUUGAUGGAGAAUUUGCGUGUGCGCCGCGCCGGGUUCGCCUACCGGCGUACGUACGAGCUGUUCCUGCAGCGCUACAAGUGUCUUAGCCGACAGACCUGGCCACACUUCCACGGUCCCGCCAAGGACGGUGUGCAGAUCCUAGCGAACGAGUUGGGCUACGGGAAGGAGGACUAUCGUAUGGGUAAGACAAAAAUUUUCAUCCGCUUCCCGAAGACGCUGUUCGACACGGAGGACGCCUUCCAGGCGAAGAAGCACUAUCUGGCCUCCAUCAUCCAGGCUCGCUGGAAAGGCCGCCGACAGCGGCGCCUGUAUCUGGAAACGCGUGCCAAGAUUAUCGUCGCCCAGACAUACAUACGGCGAUACUUGGCCAUUCAGGAGCUGAAGCGACGCCGGGAGGCGGCCGCCCGGAUUCGUUUCUUCAUCAAGGGCUUCAUCACGCGGCACGACGAACCGAACGAGUGCAACCGCUCGUUCAUCCAGCUCACCAAGCGCCACUGGCUGAUGAAGCUCUCCAAGAGCCUACCGACGACGUUCAUGAAGCACACCUGGAUCGGAGCGCCCAAGCACUGCGUCGAGGCGUCCGCCCUGCUCCGGCAAAUGCACAAACUGCACCUGGCGCGCGUGUACCGGGUGGGACUGAACGCGGAAAAGAAACGCCAGCUCGACCUGAAGGUCCUCUCGGAGGCGGUGUUCAAAAAUCGGAAGCGCAACUACCCGGAAAGCGUCGGACCGUGGUUCGUGGACGAUCGCAUUUCGAAGCAGCACGCAACGCAAAUCUCCAACUUCACUUCGCUGCAAAUGAACGGCGAAAAGCUGCACUACUCCACACCGGUGAUCAAGUACGACCGGCGGGGCUACAAACCACGUGAACGGUUCUUCCUGCUGUCCAAUAAGGCGGUCUACCUGCUCGACGGGAAAACGUACAAACAGAAGCACCGGCUACCGCUGGACAAGAUCGACUUCUGCAUCACCAACGAGCGCGACGGCAUCAUGCUGAUUCGGAUUCCGCUCGAGCUGAAGAAAGACAAGGGUGAUCUCAUACUGGACAUUCCUGACAUCAUCGAGUGCUGCAUCUGGAUCAUGGACGUCACAAACAAUCGUAACAUUGUGAACAUCGUGGACACUGGAUCACUGUCCCACAACCUAGUCAGAGGAAAGACUGGCGUCAUCGAAAUACAGACUGGGCCGCAGCCAAGUAUUACUAGGGCCAAGAGUGGUAAUUUACUGGUUAUUGCAGGUCAAUAAUCGUGGAACGGCUUCCAUCGUGCUCGUGUGUAAAGCUACUGUGGCGCCGUUCAGUGACGUAUACGAUGGGACACAGCAGGCGAGCAUAGCGUUUCACAUUAACAGUUAUUAGUACAGGAAACAAAUUGCGAGUCGCGCGAAUCUAACGCGCAUCGAAUUGGGAAGAACUACGCUCACACACACACUUAGUGCCGUUAGCCGAGUUAUGUACAUGCGGGAGCCCUUACAACAUAUCAUCGUCGUCGGCACAAUCAUCGUAUACCUUCGUACACACAUAAGUCAGUAACAGGAUAAAUAUUUUAUUCGGAAAGCGUGUGAUGCCUUUUGCGCUCGCUCGCGCACUAUCAACGCGAUUAUUUUUCCAUGUUUUAACCCCAAAAAAAUCCGACCAACAUCGUCGGAACCGGCACAACACUAGAAACGUAGGAAAAGGUUUAAAUUAAAAAGGGGUUAUUUAUCGGCGAACCAUCACUACAACACCCUACACGCGUGCAUGGGCCGGGCGUUUCUAAGCGAGCUAGAUUUUUGCUGCAUUUUAAAGCGCAUGGUGAGGGUUUGAUAAAAUGUGAAACAACGAAAUCCAUUGGCAAACGAAUGACAUUUUUGCGAUUGGGUAUGUUUGGUAGCGUUCGCUCGAGAUCAGGAAAGGAAAUCGCUUAAUGAUAAACAUAAACGACAAUUCAUGGAUGUGGAGAAGGAAGAACCCAGGGUAGUAGGGGAAAACUGCAAAAAAAAUGUAAAUUGUCCAUAUAUGAAAUAGAAAAGUGCCAUUAGCAUUAGCGCGGAAUAUUGUCAGGGGGAGAGGGAACUAAACAUACGGCUUUAAACAAAAUGUCGAGCCAAUGUUUUCGCAAGGUUGACGCCGUAGAAUACCGCGAAUAGGACAUUUGGACGUAAGCGAGGCGAGAAACGAUUUUACAUCGAAGAAAAGCGGCGUUGUAAUGCGAGCUGCAGUGAUUCUUAUUGUAGUUUAGAAAAGAGUAUGAUAGCCAAAAUUGUUGAACAAAAAUGCGUACUUGGUUACCACCUCAGCAGGAGAAGUUUAAAAUUGAUCCCGGGAGGUAAGGUGUUAUGUGGAAGAAAAAGUUUCUUGUUUAUCUACGCCGUUACUUAUCCUCCUGGCGCAUGUACUUGAGCUGGCGCACAACUGAGAUCAGCCAUCAGUGGCCGCAGGGUAUUGUCGUUUAUUUCCAUUUUCCUUUUUUUAUUAUAAUAAUUUUAAUGCUAAGAUACCGCGAA